CGCUGGACCUUUGAGUGGAUUGAAACAAAUGCGAUUUCAAGAUGCUGCAUCUCCUGUGGAUACUGUGCGCUCUCCUGGGAUACUUUGCGGAUCCAACGACAGCUGAAAUCGAAUACAACACCAUCAACGAUGACGGAUCUUUUCAGUUUCGACAUGCAAAUGAUGACAUUGGUGGCUACUAUCACAGCGCCUCCGGCACUCCGGACAACACGGUGCGAGGUCGCUACGGUUCGCGGAGUCCGGCGAGCGGCCAGAUCGAGGAGACCGUCUACACGGCCGGACCACGUGGCUUUCGCGCGAACGGGCCUAAGAUCCAUCGGAAAAUGGAUCUGGCCCAGUAUCCGGUAUUGCCCCGGGGAAGUCCCGACGAUCCGCUGGCCGAUCCCUUCGAUGAUCCCUCCUAUAGCUUCAGCUUUCGCACGCCGGAUCAGUCGCGAAGCGAGGAGAAUGACUCUGGAAAUAGGAUCAGGGGUCUUUACUCCUACCUAGAUGACGUGGGUGAGCGUCACAGUGUGCGCUAUGCCGCUGAAGCAGGCACCGGCUUCGAGAUCUCCAAUGCCGUGCCAGACUCUCCCUCCAGCGUGGCCUACUCCAGUCCCUUGUACAAGUCGCAUCCCAAGACCCGCGGCAAGAUGGCCGUGCAACGCGGUCCCGCUGGUAGCUACAAGCUGAUCGCCUCCGGCCCGGAUCACCGGAGGGCAGAGAGCCGUGCUCCGGAUGGCCUUGUGAGGGGCACUUACUCCUUCCUGGACGACAAGGGCGUGCAGAGGACAGUGGAGUACAUAGCGGGAGCCGGCAUUGGCUACCGGGUGGUGCACAACCGCAUUGGUCCCGGCACUCACAUCAAUCCCUCCGUGGCCGAUUUCCGCCUUGCUGAUCCGGACUUCCGCCUGGCCAAUGACUUUGGCCGAGGCGCUGGCGGUGGCCUGGGCCCCAAGCCAGGCGGUGGUGGUGGUGGAUCCGGUGCAUCAAGUGGCUCAGGUGCAUCGGGUGGAGGUGGAGGCAGGGGUCGCACUCCUGGCAGGCCAGGUGGCACGGAUUACCUUAAGCCGAGUAGCGCGGGCGGAGGCAGAGAUCAGGGCGAAGGAGGAGCUGGACCAGGGGAUAAUGAGCUCGGUUCGAGUGGUGACAAUGGAGAUGAGGACAUCGGAUUGAGCAGCAGCUCCAGUGGUUCCACCCUGGUGCACGGCAAGGAGGAUCGCAGGGGAUACCCAGCAGGCAGCUCCCAGAGGGGCAGCACCAGAUACGAUGGUGGUGGUGGUGGCGGCAACACUGAGAGAGGCGGUGGCGGCUCCACUAGGAUAAAUGCUAGUGGCACAAGAAAUAGGAACCGUUUCAGUGGCGGCAACAGAGGCAGUGGCUCCGCCGAAAGGGGAGGAGUUGGAGCCGGUAGCUCCGGUGGCUCAGGUGGCAUAAGAGGAGGCGGUGGCAGCAGUCGCCGGGGAGGAGGAGGAGGAACUUCCAGCUCCUCCGAGGGCGACUCUGGCCUGGGUUACCUGCCACCCGCUGGUGGCGGGGGAUCAGGCACUAGUGCCAUCAGCGGACCCGGAGACAACUACCACCUCAACGACGAUGAUGUAGGCAGCUCACUGCCUCCGCUGGUCACCGCCAACCACCGCAUCCUGGAGAUCGAUCGGGAUCGAGAGUGGGUCCAAAGGCACCGCGACUCCACGGUCAUCAAGAACGUGGGCAAGUGGUAUGUGGGCCUGCCACCUGGCCAGAGUGUUCGUGCCCAUGUCCAGAACAUAGACAUAGUGCCGCUGGGCGGAAGGAUCGGACUCUCCCCAUCGGAGGCUCUGCGCCAGGACGAGAUCGCCGAGCUUAGUGCCUCCAGGGAGCAUUGAUGGGAACCCCCGUAUAGCUUUUAGUGCCUAGCUCUAAGUGAUCAUUCAAUGUGUUGGGCAACCGAAACUGGGUUGACUCAACGUGGAAACUGUAACAGUAUUUA